AACUUGCAAAAAUGAUUUUAUUUGAUAUGUCUAAUGGAACUCUCAGUUUACAUUCUAUCGACAAAGUAUACUUUACAUUAGCAUUAACUCCUAUAGGUGCUAUUGUAAUCUUUUCUAUGUGUAUGAUAUUCGGCUGUGAUGGAAUUGCUAAUGAAGCUAUUACAUCUAUGUUUGGCUGUGGAUAUAUGAUUGCUUGGCUAAUAGUUCCAAGCGCAUACACAGCAUACACAGUUAAUGAAAUGGGAAACAUUCCAUUUACUUGUCCAGAUUCCUAUAACUACUCUCUUCCCUUACUUCACACCACUUGUCAGAUUCGGGCAACGAACUUGAUAUUUAUAUGGGCAUAUCCCACAUUUCUUGUUUUUAGUUCUAUUCUUCUUGUAAAUGAUGACAAUAAUAAUGAAAAUGAGGUUUCUGAUAUUUGUGAAAUACCCUUUGAAGUAGUAGAGCGUAUUGAAGAUGUUGUCAUUUAA